AUGCCGACCGCAAUCAAAGUGAGGCCUGCUGCGAGGUUAAGGGUGAAUUCGCUCAUCCACCGCUGCAGCAGCAACCCCCCCAUCACCCCCGCUGCCGUCACCAGCGCGUGGCCUAUGCAGCUGCCUGCGGCGACACAAACAGCAGCAGCAAUAGCAGCAGGAGCAGGAGCAGCAGCAGCAAUAGCAGCAGCAGUAGCAGCAGCAGCGGCGAGAGCAGCGGUUCUGUAUAUUCCCUGUGGCGACAAUGUUAACAGAAAUCUCAAGAAAGAGUACAAGUGCGUGAGAGGUCUAUGGGCCUACCGAGAAAAACUCCCCAAGCGUUCUGUGCAGCAGCAAGGGAGACGGUGGUGA